CGCCAGCACUUGCUCGAUCGCACAGCAGCACAUUCCCAAGCUGACCUCCGCCAUGGCUCGCGCUCAGCUGGUGGCCGUCGCCCUCGCCGCCGCGGCGCUGCUCGCCGCCGCGGCGUCCUCCGAGGCCGCCGCCGCCGCCUCCUUCACCUGCGCCCAUAUCCUCUCCGACAUGUCCGCCUGCUUCGCCUACGCCCGCGGCGACGGGCCCAUCGGCCAGUGCUGCUACGGCGUCAGGAGCCUCGACGCCGCCGCCAGGCGCUUCGCCUGCGGCUGCCUCAAGUCCGCCGCCGCCAGCGUCACCGGGCUCAACCUCGCCACCGCCGCCAAGAUCCCGGCCAGGUGCGCCGUCAACAUCCCCCCCAUCAGCGCGUCCGUCGACUGCUCCAGGGUGAGCUGAACGACCGCAGGAUCAAUCCUAUCGCCGCACCGGAGCGCCUGCCACCGCCGUCGCUACGUAUUAGCUAAUGAUCAGUUACUCAUGAUGAAUAAAAUCUGUCGAGCCUCUCCAAAAGAUGAAUAAAAUCUCUCUGUCGCGUGUGCACUGUUAUAGAUACACUUGC